UUUUUGGCCAGCUGGACUGGUCACUCUGCCACCCAGCGGCGAGCACAUUGAACAUUAAGAGAAAUAACAAUAAGUCGUAAAUUUCCAUAAACAUGCAUAGACGACGAACACCCAAGACGCUGAGCAAACCGCCGCCCAUUCAAGGUCCCCCUAAAAAGACUGUUCCCAUAGCAGAACCGGUAGAGGACUCUGCACCGUCGCCCGACGGCGUGCAGUUCGAACUGGAGCUGUGCUGGUGCGUCCAGCAACUGCAGGAUGCCCUCAACGGCGGCAAAUUGAGCCAGAAACUUGCCGAAGACACCGCCAAGAACCUCAAAAUCCUGACUAGCUCGACGGCGCCGUUGAUCAGAAAGCGGCAGGUGAUGAAGUUAUCCAUGGGCGACUACCGGGCAAAGAUGCAGCAGGAGGAAAAGAAGAUGAUGUUGGCUUCCAAGCAAGUCAAGUUCACACCUGCCGUUGCAGCCGCAAAAAAGUCUAGUUUCGUGAAGAAGUCGGCGCUGUUGACAUCUGGAAAAGAUUUCCGCUUCGAUUUUGCCGUGCCAUCCACCGCCGACAAUAAUAAGAACAGCGGCGUCUCCACGCCCCAGCCAGUUCAGGCUUCCGGUUUCUCACAAAGCAGCACGGGAACACCCUUCAAAUUCAACUGCAUUGAGGAGGAAUCCGCGAACAACAUCAACUUGAGCGGCUUGAUGCUAACGUAGAAAAUAAUAAUAAACAGUAAUGAUCAAUUUAA